CGCAUAACGAGAGUAAAGCGUCGCUGCUUUUCGCUAUUAGUGUUCGAUACAUACGGCCACCGAUAGAAGUCAAGUCACAUCUCCCGGGGUUACAUCGCUUUCUUUAGCAAUUCGAUUACUAGUUGCAAUGCACUAAUUUCACUCACCAACCUUCUAGCUGUUCCAUUUUGCUCCUCUACAUCAGUCGCUUUACCAUUUCCAUUCAAGACUUUGAUGUUGCUAUAAUUAUUGUUUAUGCACAUUCCCUUCGUAAAUUCACUGUCAAUUAUCCUUCUCCAGCAUGCAUACAUUGGGGGUGAUUUCUAAUUCAUGAUGCAUUGAGUUCUUAUUCCAAUUUACAUUGGAUACACAAGUUAUGGUAUGUUUUUAGCCUCUAUGAGCAUCUCUGACCUUAUCAUUGCGUUCUUGACUCGGGGAUUGAAAUGUCCACUGUUGCUAUUGCUUUUCUCUUUUCGUUAUAAUUGCAAUUUCGAUUUGGUACCUUCAUAGAUUGAGUUGAAACGUCCUUAAUUUAUGCGUUUUAGUUGGUUGUUUGAUUAGAGAAGAGGAAAUGCAGUCCAUGUGUUUGAUUAUAUUACUACUUGCUAAAUUGGUAGUGGGAACAACAGAAUUGGAUUCACUUUUGGAGGUGAAAAGGGGUAUCCAGGAAGAUUCUUCUGGUAAAGUUUUGGGUUCAUGGGAUCCCAAAUCCUUGGCAUCAAACGGUUGCCCCCUUAAUUGGUACGGGAUUACCUGUAGCAGUGGGCAUGUGACCUCCCUGAUGCUUAAUGAUUUAGGUCUAGUUGGGACGUUUGGUUUUGGUUCAGUUAUAGGCCUUAGCAAUCUACGUAAUUUAUCCAUAUCUAACAAUCAUUUUGAUGGGAUCAUUUCGAAAGAGGUUGGCUCCAUUGGUUCCUUGGAGUAUUUAGAUAUCUCAUCUAAUUUGUUUCAUGGGCCAUUACCUAAAGAAAUUACAAAUUCAAGAAGAUUGGUGCAUUUGGAUCUUUCCUUGAACAAUCUUGAAGGAAGUGUUCCAUCCAGUUUUGGGUAUCUCAAACAGCUGAAGCAUUUGGAUUUUCAUUCAAAUAAGUUUUCUGGGAAGGUCAUGGACCUUUUGUCACAGUUGGGUGGUAUGGUUUACCUGGAUCUUAGCAGCAAUGGGUUCCUAGGAAGUUUGGACUUGGGGCUAGGAUCAGAAAAAUUUGUUUCUGCAAUUCAAUACUUAAAUGUGAGCCACAACAAUCUUGAUGGGUAUCUCUUCUCCCAUGAUGGAAUGCCUUACUUUGAUAAUUUGGAGGUGUUUGAUGCAAGUAAUAAUCAAUUCGUGGGCACUAUUCCUUCUUUUAAUUUUAUGGUUUCUUUGCGGAUUCUAAGGCUCAGUAGCAACAACUUAUCAGGGUCUCUACCAGAAGCACUUUUGCAAGAGACCUCAAUGGUCUUGACCGAAUUGGAUCUCAGCAUCAAUCAGCUUAAAGGUCCUGUGGAGAGUAUCUCCUCUACAACUCUAAGGAGUCUUAACCUGUCAUUCAACAAGCUGACAGGGAUCUUGCCUCUCAGUAUUGCUCACUGUGCCACCAUAGAUUUAAGCAACAAUCUGAUCUCAGGGAACUUAUCCAGAAUCCAAGCAUGGGGAAACUAUAUUGAACAGAUUAAUCUCAGUUCAAAUUUCUUAACAGGAACUUUCCCGAUCCAAACAUCCCAAUUUUUAAGGCUUACUUCCUUAAACAUCUCAAACAACUCCAUCACAGGUGUUCUACCUCCAGUUCUAUCAACCUACCCAGAACUAAAAGCCAUUGACUUUAGCUCCAACCACUUCACCAGUACACUUGUUCCCACUCUUUUUAACUCAACAAGAUUGACCUACAUAAACAUGUCCUUCAAUAACUUCACUGGCACCAUCCCCAUCCCCAUCCCCACCCCUUCACUCGAAUUUACGAAUCUGACCCUCGAGAUUCUUGAUUUGUCCCAUAAUUCACUAACCGAUCAUCUUCCUAGAGAAAUUGGAAGUUUUUACAGUAACCUGAAGUUGCUGGAUCUAUCUAACAACCAUUUCGAAGGUGGCAUCCCUGAUGAUCUUCCGGGUACCCUUAAAGUACUCGAUGUUUCUUACAACAAUCUUUCUGGAGUUGUUCCUGAAAACUUGAAAAAUUUCCCUGAUUCAGCAUUCCACCCGGGGAAUGAUCUUCUAAGUUUCCCAUAUUCAACAUCAGAAGGUGUUCCAGGCACGAUGAACAUGGGCCACGCCUCUAAAAAAAGAUCCUAUAUCAAGCCCGCGAUUAUCGUGGGUUUGAUCGGAGGUGUUUCUAGUUUGUGUUUCUUGAUAUUCAUAUUGUUCUACAGAAGCCAACGAAAGUAUGAAAGGAAUCACCACCCUGAAAAAGAAAAGAAUGUUGCCAUGUCAGCAGCAGCAGCACCUACAGGAGGAGGGGUGCAUUUGGACAACAUAUCGAUUGUUGAAGGGCCAAAAAGAAAAGCGGAAGUAGCAUUUCCUCCUCCUCCUCCUACUACUACUACUACUACUUCCUCAAAUGAAGAGAUGGUUUGUUCUCCUGAUAAACUAAUAGGUGAGCUUCAUCUUUUUCAUGGAUCAAUGGUGUUCAGUGCAGAAGAGCUUUCUUCAGCUCCGGCGGAAAUGAUUGGCCGGAGCUGCCACGGGACGCUUUACAAAGCUGUCCUUCAUUCCGGCGAGGUUUUAGCGGUGAAAUGGUUCAAGGAAGGGAUUGCCAAAGGGAGGAAAGAAUUUGCAAGAGAAGUCACAAAGCUUGGUGGCAUUAAACACCUGAAUUUGGUAUCCCUGCAGGGGUAUUACUGGGGCCCACGAGAUUAUGAGAGAAUGCUUAUUUCUAAUUACAUCGAUGCCCCUUGUUUAUCUCUCUAUCUUAAUGAAUCUGAUGCGAGAAAUCUUCCAAGUUUGAAUCUUGAUGAUCGAUACAAAAUCGGGAUAGAUAUAGCACGAUGCCUGAGCUACCUCCACAACGAAAGAGCCAUACCUCAUGGCAACCUAAAAUCAACCAACAUCUUGUUGGAACCUCCCGCCAUGAAACACCCCCUUCUAACUGAUUACAGCCUCCACCGGUUGAUGACAUCAGCAGGGACAGCCGAGCAGGUUCUCACGGCGGGAGCCUUAGGUUACCGGCCGCCGGAGUUUUGCAGUACAAGCAAACCAUGCCCAUCACUCAAGAGCGAUGUUUAUGCAUUUGGGGUCAUAUUACUUGAGCUUCUCACCGGAAAAAGUUCGGCGGAGAUGAUUCUGGGUGGUGCUGGGGAGGUGGUGGAUCUGACCGAGUGGGUGCGAUUGCUGUGUGAUGAAAACCGGUGUAUUGAGUGUGUUCACCCGCAGCUGGUGGACGGUGGCGGUGAUUUGGUUAAAGUGGCGGAAGAGAUGGUUGAGGUGGCGCUUAGGUGUAUACUUCCGGCUGAUGAAAGACCUGAUAUCAAAUCGGUUGUGGAAGAUCUUUCAUCAAUAAUGGCGCCCGUCUGAGGGUUUUCCGCCUAUCUCAUUGGUAAAUGGUAAUUCAAUUAAUUGUUGGAAACCGGUUUCUGUACUUGAACAUUCUUGUAAGUUAUGC